AUGUCUCUCACCGAAGAAGAACAGACCGCCUUGGUCACAUCCGAAGACCCCCACCACCCCGCCAACCUCAUCUGCGAGCUAUGUCGUAACUUCUACACUCUCGGCUGGGUCACCGGUACCGGUGGCGGUAUAAGCAUUCGCAAAGAAGAACAUAUCUACAUCGCCCCUUCCGGCGUUCAAAAAGAACGUCUAGAACCCCACAAUAUGUUCAUUCUAGACUACCCUUCUCUGGAAUACCUUCGUCGUCCUAUCAAUCUAAAACCAUCAGCCUGCACGCCUCUCUUCCUCGCAGCGUACGACAAAGGCGCCGGAGCAUGCAUUCAUACGCAUUCUCAGUGGGCUGUAUUGGUAACGUUGAUAAAUAAAGGCAAGAAGAGCUUUAAGAUUGCGAAUACGGAGAUGAUUAAGGGGAUUCCGCGUCCGAGUACUGGGAAGUACUAUGGGUAUCAUGAUACGUUGGAGAUUCCGAUUAUUGAGAAUACGGCGCAUGAAGAGGAUCUGAGAGAUUCGUUGGCGCAGGCUAUUAAAGAUUACCCGGAUACAUCUGCGGUGCUGGUCCGUAGACAUGGAGUAUACGUCUGGGGUGAUACUGUGUGGAAAGCAAAGACACAAGCAGAGUGCUAUGAUUAUCUCUUCCAACUUGCCGUCGAGAUGACGAAGCUCGGCCUUGACUCUGCUGGCCCAAUCGACCCUCUCGAAGAGUAA